CUUGGUAGACGAACUUAGGUUUACGCAACCGGGAGGGGAAUUACUACGACAUUUUCGUCUAUUCUUGUUGUACUACGUAGAUGAGAGUUUACCACCGCGGGUGUGAACAACGUCGCCUUUAGCUACAUCUUCCGAUUUGAGUUCUCAGAUCAUUUUUCUAACAAGUCACAUCAAUAACAACCUCUAGGGGUGAGGACGAGAGAGUAAACUUUUUGUUUUUUUCGCAUUUAUUUUGUAUCAAACAGAAACAGUAGAAAACUCUCACUGUACUACUACGAGCGAAAAAAAAAAAAAGAAGUCAUCAACAUGUCGGUCUACAAAUUGAUAGACUGCCUGGAAGACGUCGUCAAGAAGCGUGGGAGAUUGCUAAAAGACGUCAACAACUUUCCCCACCCAUCCGGAGAGUACCUGGAAAUAUGGGACUGCGUGAACAGGUAUGAUAAUGAUAUGUUUUUAGAGUCUGCUGGUUCAUUGUCAUGCACAGCGACAGCACCAAGAGUGCGAGUGCCAAUCCCAAUGCGGGACAUCGUAUUACAAUGUAUGUCUUGCAAGACAAGAUCAAGAUGCAAUUGAGAUUAUUGAAUCACGCAAAUUUCAAAUCCGACUUUAUCAGGUACAUCGCCUUUUGCUUGGACCAGAAGAAGGGGCUCAACAUCACCAAUUUCUGCAAAAUUGGGUAUUACAAGGAGAGAACGAAGAACGGCGUGAAACUGAGACCCUUUUUCCAACUCGCGGAGAGCUUCAUCCAGACCUUCGCGGUGGACAACAAAAAAUCCGCGUCUAAGAUCGACGAAAAAGACCAGUGCGCGUACGAGGAGUUCAACUUCAGUAAAGCGGCAAUCAAGUUUAUCGCAAGAAGAAUCUUUUUCAUUGUGAACUUGUGAAGAUGCAGAGAAUGAAGCAUAGACAGUGUUUGUCUUGCUAGUGCUACACCUGGCGCAAAACUACGUCGGAUUUUUAGUCGUGUUUUCCCUUGAUGAUGGGGGGCGCGCAUGGCAAAUUUUCUGUGCAUGUGUGGCAAACUUGUGAUGCAGACCUGGCAAAAUCAUCACAGUGAAUGUGAAACAGUUCUAUUUUCUUGCGAUAAAGUUUUCGAACUGUCUGAACAAGGACAACGUCUACUGCGGCCUGCGGUACAUCUAUCCAAGAAAAAAAGAUUGUAGGUGUAAACUUAGAUUGGCGGAACAGCAUUACAAAUCUGUCUGGCACGAGAGCAGAUACUUGUCAUGCGCAGAUAGCAUGACAAAACUCGCUUGAAUGGGUCCUGUAAUGCAUGUCCAGCAUGACAGACACAACCUCCGCCUUACGUGUUCUUGCGCUGCAUCACAAACUCUCACUAACAAUCUUUUUUUCCUGGAUAACAUCAUCCAGGCAAUCGGGGAGGCGGUUGCAACCGGGAAGAAGGUGGAAAUCGACUUUGAGCACGGCAAGUUCCAUUCUCUGGAGAGAAAAACGGGUUUUGUCUUCAAGUCCGAACUGUACGCAAAGGAAGGUACUAUCAACAUUUAGAUGAUGCUAAUGUUUUAUUUCACCAUGAUGUAUGUUGGGUGAGGACAACUUGCGAUCUCUUCUGUCUGAUGUUGUGACGAGCACCAUUAGGUAGCGUGGACGUGGUCAUGCUCAUGUAUUGAUACGUUUUGCAUGUAGUUAACACACAAAUAUCAAGAAAAUCUCUCUUUAUUACAGGUCUCGCCGCUCCGGCAGAGUCCGCCCACGCCGUCUCAUCCUACGCACCGAGCAGAACCUUCCAGGCACCCUCAGCAGAGGCGCUGAAGCUCCGACUGAAGGGAACGAAAGUGCGAGACCAGUCCAACCUCGAAUCGGUCCCCGAGGCGGGUGCGGGUUUGAUAAAGGAUAUCAAAUGCUGCAAAUAUGUCUCAAUCUGGAAGUAGAAUGCAAGUUUGUCAUGCUUGUCUGGCAUGACUCUUGAAUCUGUGAUGCAUGAGUAGGAAAAGGGCCUCUUGCCUGUCAUGCAAAAGCGCAGUUUGUCAUGCGAAGAACAAAACACGCAGCAGCGCAGAAACUUGUCAUGCUGGGCUCCAUAUUGCAGUGCGCCCACAAUUCGUAGAUUUGCAUCACAAGUUUCCAGACCCAGACUACAUAUUUGCAAUGCAUAAAGGAGAGAGAAGCGCUCGAGGCGGAGUCCGAACACAUCCCCUUCGCCGGGCCAUCACCCAGCGAGAUGCAGGCACCACAAGGAAGCGCCCCGAUCCAAUUACCGGCGUCUGACGUCUACAACGAGGCAGACUACGGCUACGCGGAGUCAGACUUGUCGCAGGUGUCGGAGCACAGUCUGUACGACCCGGCAAAUAUCAAAUGCAAAAAUGUCUGGUUCUGGAUUUGUGAUGCCAGAUCUGAAGGGCAAGAAAAUCUGUUAUGCAUUUAUACAUCAAUUGGCCACCUUUUUUGUCGUGCUGGAUCAUCCAGCAUGGGAGUUUGUAAUGCUCUUAAACUCGAGUGAAUCCGCAAUAAGCUGAGGAAAACUUCUCAUGCUGUUAUGCCGUACAAGCAGCCAGUCUGCAAUGCAAAUCUCAGCAACACAAGCUUCCAGACCCAGACAUAUUUGCAAUGCAUAGCAAAAUACAAGGGACCAACGGUGAAACAGGAAAAAGCGCACAGGGAGGCGAUGGACCGAUAUUUGACCGAGAUGGAGAUCAGGGCGAGCGAAGCUAUUGCGGUAUAGAAGUUCUUAUGAACUGCAAAAGUAUCGUACUCGUAUAAAUGCAUUUACAAACUGAAACUUUCUCAGCAUGAGAAAUAAAAUUUCUAAUGCGGAUUUUUUUACCUUAGCAAAAGGAUUUGUAAUGCAACUCCUGCUAAACGAAAAAUCAGGACCGACGGCAGUGGGAAGAGCACUUGGACAGGUGUCUGAAACAGGAGCGUGACGACAUGGACCGCAAGCGAGCGCUGGCCGCGGAAAACCAGGAUUUUAUCCAGCAACAAAUGGAGUGGAACCGCGUGAAGCGGGGUCAUGACCGCCAAAACUGGAUCCACGGGGCUAGCGCGCACGAAUUUCCGCAGUUCACCGAACCCGAUGACGCGGGAUUGAGAGCAGUAUAGGCUAUGAUAGAACAAGAUUGGGGUCAUGUUCUUUUUUGCUAUUGUUCAUGGUAAAAACAUCAACCCACGCCGAAACUUCGUCAUGCGAGGUUUUGCAUCUUGUUCAAUCAAUGAAAUAUGAAAAUAAACUGUCAACCACAUCAGCUUAUGAAGGAGCGUGCCGGGAAGUACCGUGACGAUCUGUCCCUGUAUCCAUUGCAAAUAUCGACCUGGGUCAGGACGGAGAAAAUUUUUGAUGCUCAAUGUUGAAGACGAGUGAUCAUUUAUUACUGUUGAGUCGACAUGAGAAGUCUGUAGAACAACUACGCUUUUGUCUACUCGUGCGUAGUGCGCAUGAUUGCAUCACAAGGGAGGUGGACCACACACUGUAGUUGCUGGUCAGUCAAGACAUAUUCUGGAGAUCCAAAUCGAUGUGUGUAAAAAUGCAUACCCUGCAAGUGAGGACAAUGAACGCAUUGAAGACCUUGGAGAGGAAUAAGGAGCGGGAACUGGAGUACUCGCAGAUAGUCGCGAACAAGAACGAAGUGGUAUAGAAAUUUACUUAUUUUGUGAUGCAUAAUUCGCAUCCCAUCUGCCUCUGUGACGAGCUUAUGAUGCAUGAUUCGCAUCUGCGACGUGUUGCGUGAUGCAUUACUGCUAUGUGAAGAUCAAGAUGAUGAAUUUCAGUUUUUAAUAAGACAAAAAUCUGUGAUCGUGAUGCAAAACCUUAUCACAGCUCGUCCAGACGAAGAAUGAGCAGGCCGCAAAGGACUUCGAGAAAAAAUUGCUCACCGACUCCUGGGGCCGCGAGGUGCGCAUGAAGAACAUCUGGAAGGCCAUUGAGAACCACACCAUGGCACCGCAGAGCGCAGGUGAAUAAUGUCAUUGAUUUCGUAUAGAAUAGCUCCUUCUUGUAGUAGUGACAUCAACUCUUUCGAUCAUGCAGCAGAUUGCAGCUUGUUCUGUGAUCGCGUUUGUCAUCCUCGGCAUAAGUUGCUAUAGCCAUGGUAUGAAUUAAAACUACAAAACCAUGAAAAUAACUCAGUUGGCGCUUCCGCUGCACAGCUUCUGGGUCCAGAUGUGCCGGAUAACUUCAGCGACACGUCUUCCCGGGCCGGAUUCAGCACACGGUAUAGCGUAGUUUGUCAUGCGUAACGUGCAGUAACGCAGUUCGCCCAUGUUUUACUUGUUUUUAUGCACGACCGUGUGCAUGACCACCAGGCCGAUUGCGAUUCGGUACUUCAACAUCGAUCCGAAUGUGUGGUGCAACAAUGAAAAUCUACCGUAAACAAAAAAACAGCAACUCGCGCGCUCCGAAGGGUGCUUCCAUGAGCUUGGAGCAGCAGAAGGCCCGGAUGAAUAACACGCGGAAGUGAAGGGCAAGAAAUGCGUUUCUUGCAUCACAAACCGUUCACGACCAGAACAGCACUAUCAAUGAAACAGAAACACCAAACUCGAUACGUUUACAGCAUCAGACCGGCAGAUCAGGUUUUUAACGCGGAGACAGUAACUGUAACGUAUAAACAGUUUCUCUUUAUCAGACCUGUAAUUUAUCGAAAAACAAUUAUAUGUUAUGCUAGUGUGCUUCUCAGAAUUUGACAAAUCCAAUUUUAGACUAAAACUUACACUGAACAACAGCAACAGACCAAGAGAAACCUAAUAAACUCUUACCUCAGAUAGCAGCCCUCACCCUCAGCCUCAUCGCAGUAGCGAGGCUGAGAGAGCAAGCAAUAGUUUUAUGAACGAACUGUGUCAUUAUACCAGAUUUUACCUUAUAGUUUACGCAGAGCAGAUUACAGCAGAUCAGCAGACUCGAGAUACAUCAUUGUCGAUUCAGAAUUUACAACAGUUAAAUUGUGUCAGAAUGUAGGAAUCAGAUGAAAAGCAAUUUAUCUAUAUGUUUCAAUAAACCUACUUACGAGGUUAGUACCAGACUGUGCUAACACAACAUCAAAAACGUAUACAACAUAGACCAGCUAAGCCUUCUACGAACAAAUCUAGCGAUCGCUAUUGUUUCCUAGCGGAGUUUCAGCUCAGUCGGUUAUGAACUACAGAUUGCCCGCCUCUAUUGCCAGAUUCGCAGGUUGACGCGGUUUAAUAUCAAGUACCUCUUCAGAGACUACAGGACAAACCUUUUAGACCAGGAGGCCUAGCUGAGGUUAGUACUUCUAGAGCAUCACAAAAUGCAUCGUAUCGAACUCAUUGUAAACUAUUCUACCGUUGAUCAAAUGACACUAUUCGUCGAUAGUGUUUUUACAAUGAACAGUUACCAGCGUAGGAAUACUAACAGACUUACAACAACAAGUAGAGUCUUCGCGCUUCACUGUAUUUCGUUGCAACUUCGGUGCCACAAACAACCACAGACGGUUGCGCAUAUCCACGCAGAG